GAGAUUGAUCUGGCACAGGAGACCAGAUGGGAGCAGAUUGCCUCCCAGGCGGGAGGAGGAGCAGUCCUCAAGAAGGAUCAUGGAGGUCCCGACACUUGCCCCAGAUGCGGAGGAGAGGCAAACACGCUCAGGCAUGCUAUCCUCGAAUGCCCUGCCUGGGACAGCUUCGAUCUCGGAGUGGACAAGAGCUGGGUUGAGAUUCUCCCCAAACAAGAGGAUUGUUUCAUCCUCAGAGGACUGGUCCCGAUGCACUGGACGUACCAUCCUCCUCUGCCGGCAGAAUCGCUCCAACCUGUAGCAACCGGACUCUUCCUGGAGAAUCUCCCCGACGUCACGGGGCUUUACGUAGCCACCGACGCUUCGGGAGGACCGGAAGGCAAGGAUGUGAGAUGGAGGGUGGUGGCUUGGGCUGUUGUGAUUGCCCAAGCCCCCAAUGGUCCCUUUCCGAUUGACAGUACGUUGCACAUUCCAGACCUGGAAGUAGUAGGCACGCUCAAAGGGGUCAUGCAGGUAGGCAGCUCGGUUGCAGAAGGUGAAUCCCAGGCCCUUUGUGAAGCGGCCAGAAGGACCUCGGGCAUCAUUAAGGGCUGUGUCGACAAUAAAGCAGCCAUUGCCCAGGCAGAAAAUGAGAAUUUGCAGGCGAAAUGGCCGCACAUCUGGGGUGACACGGUGUCACCCACCAGAUUCCAACUGUAA